GAGGCAGGAGGAGGAGGAGGAGGAGGAGGAGGAUGAAGGAGGCGCUGGAGCUGCUGAGCCGCGUCCCGGCACAUCCCGAAUCCCGCUGCUGGUUCCUGGCCUGGAACCCCGCGGGGACCCUGCUCGCCUCUUGCGGGGGGGACCGCAGGGUCUGCAUCUGGGGCCGGGAAGGCUCGGGCUGGGUGCUGCGGGCGGUGCUGGACGAUGGGCACCAGCGCACGGUGCGACGCGUGGCUUGGUCACCCUGCGGCUCCUUCCUGGCCUCUGCCAGCUUCGAUGCCACCACCUGCAUCUGGAGGAGGCAGGAGGAUGGGUUUGAGUGCGUGACCACCCUGGAGGGACACGAGAACGAGGUGAAGUCGGUGGCCUGGGCACCCUCAGGAACCCUCCUGGCCACCUGCAGCCGAGACAAAAGCGUCUGGGUCUGGGAAGUGGAUGAAGAGGAGGAGUACGAGUGUGUCAGUGUCCUCAACUCCCACACGCAGGACGUCAAGCACGUGGUCUGGCACCCCAACCAGGAGCUCCUGGCCUCAGCCAGCUACGAUGACACCGUGAAGCUGUACAGGGAGGAGGAGGACGACUGGGUUUGCUGUGCCACCCUGGAGGGACACGAGUCCACGGUCUGGAGUGUGGCCUGGGAGAAGGGAGGGGAGAGGCUGGCGAGCUGCAGUGAUGAUAAAACCCUGAGGGUGUGGAGGAGACACCAACCUGGGAACCAGGAGGGGGUGUCCUGCAGUGGUGCUGAGCCCACCUGGAAGUGUGUCUGCACCCUCUCGGGGUACCACACCAGGACCAUCUAUGACGUGGCCUGGUGCCACCUGACAGGGGCGCUGGCCACAGCCUGCGGUGACGAUGCCAUCCGUGUCUUUGAGGAGAGCCCCUCCUCAGACCCCCUGCAGCCCACCUUCUCCCUGGCUGCCCACGUCCCCCGUGCCCACGCCCAGGAUGUCAACUGCGUGGCCUGGCACCCCAAGGAGCCCGGGCUGCUGGCCUCCUGUGGGGACGAUGGGGACAUCGCCUUCUGGAGGUACCAACGCCCCGAGGGAUGCUGAGAACCUCCUGGAGAUGAUGCCAGCAGGGGUGGGGAGAGGGAAACAGACCCUGGGAAGGGAUGUUGGGAUUCAAUAAAUUCAUGUCCUUG